AUGGAAUGUGGGACCUUUUCUCAGUUCUCCCUAACUCAGCCACCCUCCAUGUCGGCAUCCCUCGGAGAAACCACCAGCAUCUCCUGUCGGAGGAGCGGCGGAAACAUUGGCACCUACAAUGUCGCCUGGUAUGAACAGAAGCCUGGCGGUGCCCCCAAACUCUUGAUCUACUGGUUUGGCGCCAGAAGCUCUGGAACACCAGAGCGGUUCUCAGGUUCUGUCAACAAACCUUCCAACACGGCCACCUUAACCAUCUCCAAGCUGCAACCAGAAGACGAGGCUGAUUAUUACUGUCUGUCUUAUGACGGCAACUACAAGUACGCAUGGCGAUGCAGUCCCUGGGGAAGCUCAACAGAUUUCAGCAUCAUGGCCUGGGGCUUGCUCCGCUUCACAAUCCUGGUGUCCAUCAUUGGUCCCAGUGUCCAGCAGUUACAAACUUUGAAGGACACAGAAUCUGUGGCACCAGGUGGGACAGUCACCAUGUUUUGCAGGUUUGACAGUGGAAACAUCGGUGAUGGCAACUACCCUUUGUGGGCACAGAAAAAACCUGGGAGUAAACCCCGAACCCUCAUCUACACCACCAGCACCAGACCAUCUGACGUUCCAGCCCGUUUCUCAGGUUCUCGAUCGGGGAAUAUGAUGUCCCUGACCAUCACGGGGGCCCUUCUGGAAGAUGAAGCUUCUUAUUACUGUGCUGUGUGGACUGGGAGUCAGAGGCACAGUGCUUCAUUCAGAUGGGGAAGUGAGACAAAAACCUCCUCUCCUUUGCUCUCUCUGUACAUCAAAAGAAGAUGA